AUGACUAACUGUGUCUCCUGCUAACAAAUGCAGGAAAAUGCCACGUUGUGUAAGACUGAUGAGGUGUGGAGGGGCAGGGUGACCCAGCCUUUCUCCUCCUACAACGGGCCCGGGAGGUCUAUAAAACUCAAGACCUACAGGGAGCAGACAGAUACAAGAAGAAAAUCUACAAGAAUGGGAAGCCAGACAAGGCAAUUUACCAGCAUGGGAGUGAUUGUGUUAUUGAUCCUUACAGGUCUUCGUCAGAUAUCAUCGGCACCAGCACUCACAUGUGGUACUCAAAGGUCCAUCGCCCGGAUGGCGGGUGGCACAGAUGCCAGUCGGGGGCAGUGGCCCUGGCAAGUCAGUCUGCAGUACCGUGGGAAACAACAUUUCUGUGGUGGAAGCCUCAUUAACAACCAGUGGAUCCUCACGGCUGCCCACUGCUUUUUUGAGGUUGAAAACCAGCUCAAUCCCAAAGACUGGAAGGUAGUGCUGGGCCGUCUCAAACUAUCAGGCAAUCAGGCAAGAGGGCUGGAAAGCAAUGUUACCAGGAUCAUUCCCCAUGAGAACUACACCCACUUCGAGAAAGGCUAUGACAUCGCACUCGUGCGUCUUGCCAAACCUGUGAGCUACAACCGGGAUAUCUCGCCCAUCUGCCUGCCUCAGUCUGACCACCGUUUUGCUUUUGGGACUCAGUGCUGGCUGAGUGGCUGGGGAGAUAUUGCCACCAAUGUCAGCCUACCAAAGCCCAUGACUCUUCAGGAGAUGGCAAUGGACUUGAUUACUGUCGACACCUGUAACUGCAUCUACAGCAACCUGCGGAACAGGAGGAUUGUCAACCCAGCCUUGCCUGGGAUGGUCUGUGCCAUGACACCGGACCGCCGGAGGGGUCCUUGCAAGGGUGAUUCAGGUGGUCCUCUUGUUUGUCUGGAGAAGGGCCACUGGUUCCAGGCAGGAAUUAUGAGUUUCUCCUUGGGUUGUGGCCAAUUUUACGGCCCAAUUCUCCUGACAGAAACCAAGGCCUACGCCAGCUGGAUCCAGCGUUAUGUCCAAGGGGCCACCUUUGCUGACCAACCUAAGCCCCGCCCUAAUACCACAGACAAAUACAUGUGCACAGGCUGUGGGGUGCUGAAACAGGGCAAAGCUGGUAGAUCGGCAGAGGGACUUUGGCCCUGGUAUGUCAGCCUGCAAUACCAGGGGAAGCACGUCUGUGGGGGCACCUUGAUUUCUGAGGACAGGAUUUUGACGGCGGCACAGUGCUUCAUUGAGCGCCAGGAAACCGAAGGCUGGGAAGUGUUGCUGGGCGAGCAGCAGGAGGGCGGAAAGCAAACAUGGCUGGAGAAAAGGACCCUCGAGAACAUUGAGCUUCAUGGGGCUUACGUCGACGCGAUGGAAGGUUUUGACAUUGCAAUGGCCAAGCUGGCCCGUCCUAUCGUGUUCAACAACAGCAUCCGUACCAUUUGUGCCCCAUAUGCCAAACACCAGUUCCCCUUUGGCUCCACAUGCUGGACCCGUGGAAGAAGAACUGAUGAGUUUGGACAGCUAAGUUCUCCAAAGAGCGUGGAGGUGAGACUUCUGGGUCCCAAGAACUGCAACUGCAUCUACAACAAAACCAGCGAUCCCGGACAUGAGAUUUCCAUCACCUCAGAUAUGUUGUGUGCCACACCCUACAACAGGACCAUGCACUGUGAGGAAAGCAUUGGGGAGCCUCUAGUCUGCAACAACAAUGGUGUGUGGUUCGUGGCAGGCAUUGCCAGCUUUGGAAAAGGUUGUGGGACCGUCAUCCGUCCUGGAGUUUAUACAGCAGUCAGCGCCUAUCAGGAGUGGAUCAUGCAACUCGCCUGGUCAGCUUACUAUGAUGUGCAAAAGCCUCCUCUUCCGAUGGUCCACGAUGAAGACAGCUGUCUGAAUGUGUAGCUUCCAGAAGCAGGGUACACAUGAUAAGACAAAACUGACUAUGGAGUGAAUCUAAAAUUGAAAUCCUGCUUUCCCUGCCUUGCAUUCUGCCUGCCGUUGAACAGACCUCGAGGGACAGUGCUCCUGGUUUCCACCCUGUGCCCCAAAUUUGGCAGAUGCGCUUGUUUGUGGCUACCAACGUGAUCCCUUAUUGUGAUCUCAGAGGAUCCUGUUUGGAGGGGGUCCAUAAACCGAACUGAUAAAUCUUCCAGAAGACUGUUCGGAUCCCCUUUCUUGCUGGGCAUAACAGAGUGGGGAUGAGUCUGUUUUUCAGGUCCUGUUCUCCCCAUCCAAUUUUACAGAUGGGAAAAUGUAGACCCAGCAACCAGCCUGGUGCUCAGCUAAAGGAGUGGGAGUUGAGUCAACUCCUUUUCUUCCGUCUGCCUCGUAUGUGUGCUGGGGGAUAAUGGAAUGUGAUGAACCCACAAGAGUGCAGGGGAAGCAAAGAAAGUCCACUAUUUCCAUAUCUGCCUGUUCUAAUGGGAAAGAAGAAGCCAACUCUAAACCCAUAUCCUAAACAUGCUGAAACUGAACUAAUUCACAAUGCAAUCCAUCCUUUGGUAUAUGAACUGUUAGGGUAGCUUAGUGGUUUCAGUAUCAGAGUCAGAAGUUGGGGGUUCGAUUCCCCACUGUGCCUCCUUUGCAGAGGCUGGACUUGAUGAUUCAUAGGGGGGUCCUUUCCAGCUCUGCAGUUCUAAGAUUAUUAUUCUGCAGUAGAAAAAGGUAUUCCACCUGCCUCUGGAAAUUCCCUCUCAAAGACAAUGGAAUUUUAAAAGUCUAGAAUUUGUUCCCAUCUGUGUUUUGCUUGCUGUGAGCUGGAAUUUUGCCUAAUAUUGUAUUGGAGAAAAGAGGGCCAAAGUACCACUGUUCAGAUCAUUCUAACCAUUCAGACCUCUACUUCUACUUAUUUAAAUAGCUCACAUGUACUGAGAGCUUUGCAGUCAAGUGGAAAUAUCGUCAGAUUUCUGCUUUGCAGGUCAUGAAGUAUCUUCAGAUUUUUAGAGCAUUGCCCAGUGCCAAAAAUGUAAAAGAUAACUACAUUUAUUCUCUUCUUUAAAGAGCUUAGGAUCUAGGGGGAGGAUUUCUAUGACAGGUCAUGUUUUUUUC